AUGUUUCGUCCUAGUCUCUUUCCACCUGGUAGCAUGCAACCAAGAACUGGACUUCCUGGAUUUAGUCGAUUGCCUCCUACUGGUCAUAUAAGGCCUCCACCUCCAUCCCAGGGCCCUAACGAUGAACAAAUGAUGAAAAGAUCGAUUGAUCUAACGUUUGGUUUAAUCGUUGUGAUACUAAACAUCGCUGAAAUUAUUCUAAUCAGCAGAAUUAAACGAAAAAAGAAAAUAUACGAAAUAUGUAUUCUGAGUCUCUCCGUUACAGAUUUGCUUUUCGGAAUUUCAAACAGCGUUGUCAGUGCGAUAUAUCUUUCGAAAAAUGGUCAAAAUGAAAGCAUAUUAGAAAUAACAUACACAACAUAUUUUUAUUUCGUUUUAAACUCAAUACUACAUUUGAUUUGGAUAACUUUUGAUCGCUUGUGGUUGGUUCUAAAACCCCUGCAGCAUAGAGCCUACGUUUCAAGAAAAAGAAUUUGUAUCGUGUUAGCUGCUACAUGGAUCACUUCAACUGUUAUAGCUGCUUCUCUUUAUGCAUCGGAUAAAGUAUCAGACGCGUUCAUCAAGUCCCAUGUCACAACAUCUUAUGUUAACGCAACAGUUACUAACAUAACAAAUGAUUUCAAAGUAUCUUCAACAGUAACCCCAACAAUGUUCACCUUACCGGAAAUGAGUACAAAACCUUGGCGCACAAAACCUAAGUUAAAAGCAAUCAGGAAGAUUCGUAGAGAAGAGACAUAUCAGGAUACAAUGCAGCUUGUGUUGUCUGUAUUUAUUAUUAUAGCCGAUGUAGUAUUAAUUUCUGCUUAUGGGAUGAUUAUAUAUCUACUUAACAGAGAAAAGAAAGUCACAACAGCAUCACCAACUCACUACGAAAACAGAGUAUCAAUCAUAUGUGUAUUCAUUGUGGCUACGUUCGUUAUCUUCACUUUACCAUACGCACUGGUCCGACUUAUUACAGGAAACGUUCCAUUAUGGGGGAAUUUAAUAUUGGUUUCAAACAGUGGUUUAAAUAGUAUUAUAUACUUCUUUCGUGGAAAAUGUGAGAGAUAUCAAGAAAAACAAGCCCUAAAAAACGCACAGGUAAAUUCUACAGCUUCAACAACACCCCUUUCAACGCCAGGGCUGUUGAUAAAAAAUACAGACGGGAAAGAAACAAGAAAACUUUCUUCCUCCUUUUAA